GCGCGGGAGGCGGAAGUGCCGCGAGCCGCCGCCUCCGUCCCGGCUGCGGCCCCUGCGGGUUACAUAACUCGUUUCGGGCUCCGCGCGGCCGCACUUCUUGGCUGCCUGCGACUCCAGGAUGCUCUGAGCCCCACGACGGCGUCCGCUGCCGCCGGCUCCCGUCCGAGGCAUUUUAAGUUGCCUCCCCUGUGAAAACUCAUAGACCGCGCAGACAUUCUUGGCUAAGACUCGGUGUGAAUGACAGAGGUGGUGCCGUCCAGCGCCCUCAGCGAGGUCAGCCUACGCCUCCUCUGCCACGAUGACAUAGACACCGUGAAGCAUUUGUGCGGCGACUGGUUCCCCAUCGAGUACCCAGACUCAUGGUAUCGUGAUAUCACCUCCAACAAGAAGUUCUUUUCCCUCGCCGCAACCUACAGGGGUGCCAUCGUGGGAAUGAUAGUAGCUGAAAUAAAAAGUAGGACCAAGAUACACAAGGAAGACGGAGAUAUUCUAGCCUCCAACUUCUCUGUUGACACGCAGGUUGCGUACAUUCUAAGUCUGGGAGUAGUGAAGGAGUUCAGGAAGCAUGGCAUCGGUAAGGGGCGCUGAGCUUGUGGGGUUUGGCACAUGUGCUCCAGCCACCAUGUCCAGUCAUUUCCCACGUGCUGAUGACCAGCCCCUAAAUGUCCCUCGUUCCCCUGGCCUGCGGGGACGUUCAGCCUCCCGCCCCUCCUAGCAGGUCUCCCUGCCCCACCUCCACUCUGUUGGCCGUCCGCCUGUGCUCUUUGCACCUAUCGUCAGGUCUCUAGGCAGUGGCCUCAUUCCCAAAUCUGACUUGAUCAGAUUCAUAACGCUCCCAGAUGUCCUGGUCAGGGAAUGGGCACCUCUCACCACACCUGCCGCCGCACACGUGGCUUAUGUUUGGUCACAAGGUGUUCUUGAUUAAGAAUUGAAAACAGUCCCAGGG